AUCGCAGGGGCAGACAGGCAGAGAGUGUAAAAUGGCGCACAGCUGUCGGUGGCGGUUCCCCGCUCGGCCCGGAGGGAGCUGCAACUCCGGUACCGGGAGGAGAGCGGGCCGAAUAAGGGUUACUGCCUCUUUGCGGAGCGUCUCGGGAGCCCACCCGAACGCCGCCGGGCUCGGACCCGGUUUUGACGCUGCACUACAGGUCUCUUCGGUUAUCGGGAGCAACCUGCAGACAUUUCGGGAUGUUUUGGGGGAAUCGAGUGACUCGAGCAGCGGGGAGGAAGAAGCGUUUCGAGGAUUUGGACCGGUGGCUGAGCAAAACAGAAUACAGAGCCCUUCAACACCCCCUUUAGGCCUAGCCAUACAGGAGAAGAAGCCCAGAGGCCGCCCCCCGCGGGCCCUCACUACCCAGAAAGCUGCUGCUGGUCAACCUUCCCCAUCCUCCCUUCCCUCCCCGACACAGGCGAAAGCUGAAGGCCCUGAAAGGCCAGCUGAGAAGGUGAAAAGGCUGCCUGGAAGGCCACCUGGCACCGGGGAAAAGAGAAGGGGUCGACCCCCGUCUUCAAGUAGCAAGAGAGCUUGGAGCACAGGCAGCCAUGCAGCAGGGGAGGAUAGAAGGCAGGCAGGGACUGAGCUGGGUAUGGAAACAGAGGAGGACAGGAAGGGCGCCAAGAGGACGCCACUGGGCUCUGGGCAGCCACAUGACACAGAGUCCAGGUUUCCCAAAGGUGGGCGGGAGGAAUCCAAAGUUACCACCCUAAAGAGGCUGAGGGCGACUAAACUCAGUCCUCUCAAGUCAAGGCUCAAGACUUUGCCCGGUGUACCAAGACGCAGACGCGGGCGACCGCCCUCAGCUGAGCGACUCAAAGCGGAGGCCGCCGCUGCUGCUGCUGCACAGCUGUCUACCUCCUUUGAAUGUGAGGAACACAAGGCCUUCCGGGUCAGGGGCACAGAACCACACACUCCCCAGCAUGGGCCGCCGAGGAGUGCAGAUGGCGCCGAGUACUCUUCCAAUCCACCUGCCUCCUCGUCGCCCUCCAAGGCGGUGGGCAUCAGAAAAAGCCCGCGCCAUAGAAAGCCUGUCCGGAUUGUCCCCUCCUCCAAACGCACUGAUGCAACCAUCGCCAAGCAGCUGCUGCAGCGCGCUAAGAAAGGAGCGCAGAAGCGGCUGGAGAAAGAGGCUGUCUCUAUUGGGGGAAGUGGGACAGGAGCCGUCGACUCUGGCAUCAGGAAGACCCAACUGAAGAACAUCCGGCAGUUCAUCAUGCCCGUGGUCAGCACCGUCUCCCUUCGCAUCAUCAAAACCCCCAAGCGCUUCAUUGAAGACGAGGGCAACUUUGGAACACCUCCACCCCAUAUGAAGAUAGCGCGGUUGGAAGCAGCCCCAUCGUCUGUGUCAACAUCUGCCCAACUCACCUCCACCUCUGCCGCCUCGUCCUCCCCCGCUCCUGUACUGGCCUCCUCUGCGCCAGCUGUCGCAAGCGCCAGCACCGUGGCUCCGGUCGACUCCCUACCCCCUCCUCCUCCUCCUCCUCCAGCCCCUCCCCCUGCGUCUCUCCCCACUGCUCCAUCGACAACUGCCAGUCUGCUCAACAACAACAACACCAACAACACCAACAGCGCCUCCAACGGGCGAUUCAGCAGCAGCGCAGCGUCGUGCGCCUCGAGCGCCGUGUCGCAGCACUCCUCCCAGCUCUCCUCCGCGGAGUCUUCCAGGUCUAGCAGCCCCAGCUUGGACGACUCAUCGUGCGACUCCCAGGCUUCCGAGGCCACACAGGCCUUGUCGGAGCCAGAGGAUCACUCGCCGUCCUCGCAGGGAGUGAGGGAAGCCGGCCUGUUGCACAGCUCACGGCCACCCUCUCCCCCCUCCGAGCCGGAGCACGCGUUGGCAAAUCGGAGUCGGCAAGGCCGGCGAGGGCAGGGGGGCGGCCGGGGAAGCCAGAGGGCGAGGGAACCUCUCCCCACUGGGGCGAAAAAACCUAUCAUCAGCCCACCAACAGGAGUUCUUAUGUCCUCCUCCGCACAUGUAAAUUCCCAGCAAGCUUCAUCCACAGCCUCCUCCUCUUCGUCGCCGCCACCUCCCCCCCUCCUCACGCCGCCGCAGCCGCCCCAGUCGGCGUCCUCCAACUCAGCCGCCAUCAGUGAACACCACUCGCAGUCGCCUUGGAUGAGUCACCCCGUCCCUCCGUACCUGUCUGGGCCGUCGGUGUUGUCCGGCCUGUCAGACAAACGAAGCCGCUCAAUUCUGAGGGAGCCCACUUUCCGCUGGACGUCCCUGUCCCACCCUGAACAGCAGUACUUCUCCUCAGCCAAAUACGCUAAGGAGGGCCUCAUCCGCAAGCCCAUAUUCGACAACUUCCGCCCUCCCCCACUCACGGCUCAGGACGUCGGGUUGUUGCCGCACGGUGUCGGUGGAGCGGGGGGAGCCGCUCCGGCGGUAUUCCCCGCGGCAGGCAGCGGAGCGGGUACGGGGACUCGUCUAUUCCCCCCCCUUCACCCACACACCCACCACCAACAUCCGUCUUCAUCGCGCUUCGACGCGCCGCCGCAGCAGAAGCGCAGCCCGUUGCUCCGCGCGCCGCGCUUCACACCCAGCGAGGCUCACUCCCGGAUAUUUGAGUCCGUCACCUUGCACUCUUCUUCCGGAAGCAGCCCCGGGUCUCUCUCCCCGCACCAGACUUCGUCGAGCUCCAGCCGGAGCUCGCAGCGCCGGAGGCGGUUGGUCUCGGGGACACCCCGUGGGCACCCGCGAUCUCCCUCCCACUCGAUGACCAGACGCAGCAGCCAAAUAGGAGGGCCGAUGUCGAUGGGCAAAGGCUCCUCCUCCGAGAUGUCUGUGCUGACAGGCUCUGUUCCCUGCAGUAAUCCCAGCUCUUUGCCAGGGGUUCCUGCAGGUCUACCAGCCACUAGUGCCUUAACUCCUCCAUUCAGCACCUUCUCCAACGUAUCCAUUGGUUUGGCCCCUCAAGGGCCAACUGAUAGCAGGAGAGGGGCUGCAGGAAACCCAGCUCCUUUGUCAACUACGUCAUCCACAUCUUCCCCACUUUUCCCUCUCUUUCCUUCCAGUGCCCAGGACACAGGGCGAGGAGCUGGGAAAGGAGGUAAAGACCUAAGCACCUUGUCAGCUCCCCAGGAACCUGCCCAAAAGGAAAAAGAAAGGGAUUCUGAGAGAAACCGAGAGAAAGAAAAGGAAAACAAGAGGGAAGCAAGAAAGGACUUGGAGAAAAGAAGUAAGGUUUCUACACCAGACGGCUCCCCCCAUACACCUUCCAGCCUGUUUACUGUGGAUGGGAGGGACUCCGAAGAUGCUCUUCAGCCUAUUGCUCCAAAAAAGGCUCCAGGGAGAAAGAAAUCCACGUCAGUUGACACAGUUUCUGACACUGCUUCCUCAGACGUCCGUGGGCCCCAUUCCACUGUUCCCAUAUCUAUUGCUAAAGGACGUCUAUCUAAGAAGAACAGAUCCUCUGAGAAAGGACCAGAGAUGGAGGAUGGGGAAAAGGAGAAGGAGAAACAAAGUGCUCCUAGCCAGCAGACCGCAAGCCUUCCAGGGCAGCCAGGCAGACAACAGCCCCCUGUCUCCUCGCUUGGAUCAAUGUUGGCACAAGCAGAGAAGCAGCCUGUGACCGACAAGCGUGUAGUUGGACUACUAAAGAAGGCCAAAGCUCAGCUCUUUGCGAUAAAGAAGAGCAAACUGAAGCCUGCAGAGCAGACAAAGGGCCAGGGUCAGGAGAGUGACUCGUCAGAGGCCUCAGUCCGUGGUCCACGUAUCAAGCACGUAUGUCGCCGGGCAGCCGUGGCCCUCGGCCGUAAUCGGGCCGUGUUCCCUGACGACAUGCCCACACUUAGUGCCUUGCCCUGGGAGGAGAGAGAGAAGAUCCUAUCUUCCAUGGGGAAUGAUGAUAAGUCAUCAGUAGCAGGCUCCGAGGAGGCGGAGCCUCAGUCCCCUCCAUUAAAGCCACGGGAGACGCGGCAGAAGGCGGUUCAAGAAGCUCCUCCCAAGAAGGGGCGUCGGUCGCGGCGCUGUGGCCAAUGCUCAGGCUGCCAAGUUCCAGAAGACUGUGGUGUCUGUACCAACUGUCUUGAUAAGCCUAAAUUUGGAGGACGGAACAUUAAAAAGCAAUGCUGCAAGAUGAGGAAGUGUCAGAACUUGCAGUGGAUGCCCUCAAAGAUGUUACUUUCGAAGCAAGGCAAAUGCAAGAAAGACAAGAAAAAGAACAAGUUGUCUGAGAAGAAAGACGGUGUCAUUCCAGGAAAAGGGCUGGUCUCAGAGUCCGGCCUUAAACCCACUCCUGCGCCACUAAAGGAGGAGCCCCUCCGCAAAAAGAGCGAAACUCCUCCGCUAAAGUUAGGAGAGGAGAAGUCGAGACAGCAGCCGCUGUCAAGGCAGUCCUCUCCAGCCCUUGCACCUUCCCCCGCCACAGUAGAACCUCCACAGGCGCCCGGCACAGUCGCAGCCCAGACUCCGUCUCCGGCCCUCACGCCAGAUGCCAAACCGCUGUCACUCUCGAGCUGUGUCGCCAGCAAGAAGGGACACAAACCGCAGCGGUCUGUUACAACCUCGUCCUCCUCUUCCUCCUCGUCCUCCUCGUCCUCCACCACGUCGUCGUCCGCCUCAUCUUCAUCAGCUUCCUCUCCGUCGUCUUCAGCCCAGAGUUCCCCCUCCCAGUCGACGCAAUCUCACCAACUGUCACAGCAGCAGCAGCAGCAGCAGCGUUCUCUCACCAGUCAGGCACCUACGAGAAAAGACGCUUCCUCCCAAAUUUCUCUGAGCGAGCCCAAGAAGAAGCCCCAGCAGCACUCGUCGCAACAGCAAAGCUUAACUACAACUACAUCAGACAUCGGUGAAGCAAAACAGAUGCCAGCUUCCCGUUCUAUUCCUCCAUCUCCCAAACAGAGAACAAAAGACAAGCCGCUGACCACCAAACCCCCCAGCAGCAGUACUUUAAACUGGCUAAGCACUCCCUCGACUAGGGGCCAGGCGAAGUCCAGAGCGCCCUGCGACGGAGUGCAUCGUAUCAGAGUGGAUUUCAAGAGAGACCUUGAUGUGGACAAGGUUUGGGAGGCUGGAGGCCUCAGCCUGCUCACCUCUGUGCCUGUCACGCCCCGGGUCCUCUGCUUCCUAUGUGCAAGCAGUGGAAAUGUUGAGUUUGUCUUCUGCCAGGUGUGCUGUGAACCGUUCCAUCUCUUUUGCCUGGGGGAGUUAGAGCGCCCCCUCCAGGAACAGUUUGAGAACUGGUGUUGUCGACGAUGCCGGUUCUGCCAGGCCUGCGGACACCAGCACCAGAAAACUAAACAGCAGCUGCUUGAGUGUGAUAAGUGCCGUAACAGCUAUCACCCAGAGUGCCUGGGUCCCAACCACCCGACUAGACCCACCAAGAAGAAGAGAGUCUGGGUGUGCACCAAAUGUGUGCGUUGUAAGAGUUGUGGAGCCACUAAACCUGGGAAGUCCUGGGAUGCCCAGUGGUCACAUGACUUCUCCAUGUGUCAUGACUGUGCCAAACUCUUUGCUAAAGGAAACUUCUGCCCACUGUGUGACAAGUGCUACGAUGACGAUGACUAUGACAGUAAGAUGAUGGAGUGCGGCCGUUGCAAGCAUUGGGUCCAUGCCAAGUGUGAGAGUCUGACAGAUGAAAUGUAUGAGCUGCUAUCAAAGCUGCCAGAGAGUGUUGCCUACACGUGCACCAAGUGUACCGAACGCCAUCCGGCCGAGUGGAGGACGGCGUUGGAGAGAGAGCUUCAGGGAUGCGUUCGCCAUGUUCUCACUGCGCUGCUCAACUCACGCACAUCCUCACACCUGUUACGCUACAAACAGGCGGUGAAACCUCCAGAGCUGAACCCAGAGACCGAGGAGAGUCUUCCAUCACGUCGCUCCCCAGAGGGCCCAGAUCCUCCAGUCCUGACAGAAGUCCCCUCCACACCUCCCAGUGACUCCCCUCCAGAUCUUGAGUCCGUCAACAAAAAGAUGGAUCAAGGUCGCUACAAUUCAGUGCUGGAGUUCAGUGAUGACAUCACACGAAUCAUUCAGACUGCCAUCAGUAGUGAUGGGGGCCAGCCUGAAAGCAGGAAAGCCAACAGCAUGGUCAAGUCUUUCUUCAUUCGGCAAAUGGAUCGAAUCUUCCCGUGGUUCAAAGUAAAGGACUCCAGGCUCUGGGAAAGGCAAAAAGUCUCUGCUAACAGUGGGCUUCUCCCGAAUGCUGUGCUGCCUCCGUCCCUGGACCACAACUACGCGCAGUGGCAGGAGAGACAGGAGCUUUCCCGCGCUGAGCUCCCCCACCUCAUGAAAAAGAUCAUCCCAGCUCCUCGGCCCAAGACCCCUGGCGAACCAGAUUCUCCAGCCUGCCCUCCCCUUCUUCCUUUAUCUCUACCUCCACCACCCCUACUCCUUUCUGAUCGUGACGACAGCCCGGAGCUCCCUCCUCCGCCAGGCAUUAGCGAUAACAGGCAAUGUGUUCUGUGUCUGAAGUAUGGAGACGAAAACACUAAUGAUGGCGGCAGGCUGCUGUACAUCGGUCAGAACGAGUGGACCCAUGUGAACUGCUCUCUAUGGUCGGCUGAGGUUUUUGAAGACGAUGACGGCUCUCUGAAGAACGUCCACAUGGCUGUUCUCAGGGGAAAACAGCUGCGCUGUGAGAAGUGUCAAAAGCCAGGGGCCACAGUUGGUUGCUGCCUCACCUCUUGCACCAGCAACUACCACUUCAUGUGCGCACGCCAGUGCCAUUGUGUCUUCCUGGAGGACAAGAAAGUUUAUUGUCCAAAGCACAAAGACCUCAUUAAGGGAGAAGUGGUGUCUGGGUUUGAGGUGACCCGCAGGAUACUCGUGGACCUGGAGGGCAUUCGUCUCAGGAGGAAGUGGCUGGCAGGAUUGGAGCCUGAAAAUGUUCACAUGAUGAUAGGCUCCAUGACCAUUGACUGUUUGGGGAUACUGACUGAAUUCUCAGACUGCAAGCGUAAACUCUUCCCUGUAGGAUACCAGUGCUCAAGGGUGUACUGGAGUACCUUGGAUGCUCGAAAGCGCUGUGUGUACACCUGCAGGAUACUCGUUUGUCACCCUCCCGUGUUAGAGUCUGACUUGAAAAACAUGAUGGCUCCUGAGGAGAAUCGCACAAUAGCACACAGCCCACCUCCCAUAGCAGAAUUUCCAGAUCCAUUUGAAUCCCCAAGGCGCUCUGACACCCUUUCCCCUGCCAACACAUCCAAGCUCAGGGUUUACACCAGGAACCGACACCCCAGCUACCCCCCUUGUCAGCGCUCACUGGGUCCAAGGCCCAUGCCUUCUCCAGGUAUAACUUUGCACUCCUCUUUUUGAUGUACGACGUACAAUAAGUGCAUUCAACCAUAGGGUACAAACUCAGGAGAACAAGAAACAAGAAAGUGAAUAUUGCCUCAAAUAAGCGAAUUCUCACCUUGCUAUCGAUGAGUGACCUCCCCAGUACAGUUUAACAGACAGAGAUUGGUUACCUCUUCACCCGAGGUUGUGUCACGAUCCCUUACCUCACCCCCGCCUCUCAUCCCCUCGCCUGCCCGAGACCCCGAAAAGUCCAAACACCUCAGCAAAGAGUCGGCAAAGGGUCCAGUCCAAAGAGACGAUGAAAAAGGUAGAAUGUAUUCCACGGACAGAAAUAGACAUCAACCAAACAAAGACCAAGGGUUGAGAGAUUCCAACAAGGGGAGGGCAUCAAGUCAGGGCCAAGCUUCUAAAGACUCUGACAAGAACAGAUUGUCUAGAGAACCUGGACCAAAAGACUCUGACAGGGGCGAAAUAUCAGCCAAAGAGUCAGAAAAAAGGAGAUCGUUGAGUAAGGACUCGGGUGUGAAAGAAUCUGAGAGGAGAAGACCGCCCGGUAGAGAUUCCGAAAAGGGAAGACAAGUAAAUAGAGACUUUGAGAAGGGAAGACCGACAAGCAGAGAUUCAAGCAAUAGUGUAACCGAUAAAAGCAAAUUGUCCUCCAGAAAUGUCAACUAUAAGGAUAUUGAAAAAGCUCGGUCUCUGAGUAGAGAGGGAGGGCUAAGGGACUCUGAGAAGCAGAGACAACACUGCAGGGAAACUGGAAAAGACUUGGUUCAAGGUAAAGACAGACCAUCUAGCAGAGACUCUGACAAAGCUCGACCUCCCUCGAGAGAUUCCAGCUAUAGAAGCACAGAGAAAAACAAAGACUCUGGCCCAGGGAAAGACAAUAUUCCCAGCAGUCAGUCCAAACAGACUGGAGGUGAGAGUAAGAGUCCCAGGCUGCCACCUGCACGCCAGUCCUCCCCUCCUGCGGGCACUGCCGUUCUCACCGGUCAGCAGAGAGUUGGCAGCAUGAAGCUGAGCGACAAGCAAGGGAAACACGGCAGCAAAGAACAGGAUGUGUCUGCAGGUUUUUUGCCCCGUCACCGGGCCACCCCAACGUCCAACAUCAACCAGUCUAAAGAGAAGACCAGCUCAGGAAAGGAGAGUAGUAGUGGCGCUGGGAAUGUAGUGCCAGCUUUGCUCCAUAAGGACUCUGUUGGGAAAUCUGGCUCCCCACAGUCUUCACUUCAGAAAUCCACUUUACGGAAAUCCAACGAUUACUCAUCGGGUCCAGCCACAGCCGCAGGUAUGAAACCGGUGUGGCCGGCCAGGACACCAGCAGAAGAGGAAGUUGUCAAGAGAGGCUCCAUGCACUUGGCCGCCACAGCUGCAGCCUCAGCUGCCAAAGAGAAACACCCCAAAGUUAAGAUGGCAGGCAGCAGAGAGUUGUCCAAAGAGCGGGAAAGAGAAAAAACUCUCCAAAACAGCAACAUCAGCAACAAAAUCCCCCUUCUCAACAACAAUAUUAAAGCUACUGGUAGCGCCAAUGCACAAGCUACAACCCCCAACUCACACAACAGCACAAACAGCAAAGCCCAAGUGCUUGGUAACAGCACCAAAGCCCACGGGAAGGCUCAGGGGGAGAAGCUCGAGAACCACGGUGGGGACAGACCACCAGUGUCAAAGAGCAGAGAAAAUUACUCUGGUCCCGAGAGGAAAAACAGCUCCUCCGUGGACAACUUACAGCAGCUGCAACCGGGUGGUUUAGUUCCAGAGAAAGGAGCAAAGAUCGCUUCCCAGUCUCACACUAAACCAACGGCGAACCAGCUACCGUUGUCCUCCAGAGACAAAAAGAGACCAGUCAAACCGUCUGCUGUAACUCUGCUAAAGACCGACAUCAAGGCCGACCCGAAUGGCACCAGCGCUGUGGGCGAUAUUUCUUCCUCAUGUCCCGUGACUACCUCUGCUGCCGGCCAGGGGACCCGGCGCGCCGCUCUCUUCUCCCCCUCAGGCAGCAGCAGCGACAGCUCCGAGUCGGACACGCGGACUCAGAUGGAGGAGGAUUUGCGGCAGGAGCGCUCGCUCAGCGAGCUACGAGACCACCACAACCUCCUCGCCAGAGGCACGGAGGACGAGGGCGACGGCCCAGAAGAUGACCAUGAUAGAGGCAUGGACGAUAAACAUCACGAGGACGACAGCGACGGGUCGGGCUCGGCGAAGCGGCGCUACCCCCGACGCAGUGCCCGUGCGCGCUCAAACAUGUUCUUCGGCCUCACGCCUUUCUACGGGGUUCGCUCGUACGGCGAAGAAGACCUGCCCUUCUACAGCAGCGGCGACGGAGCCGGCGCCGUGGUCAAGCGGAGGACGGGCGGCCGCAAGAAGUCGGCCGAGGGGCAGGUGGAUGGAGCGGACGAUAUGAGCACCUCCUCUUCGUCGGGGGACAGUGGAGAGGAUGAAGACAGCGCGAUGAAGCAGAGGGGCACAGACCCCUAUUACUACAACUUCACUCGGACAAUAAUAAACCCCGGCGAGGCCCUGCCGUCGAUAGAAGGGAUAGACCGCUGUCUGGGUCGAGGAUCCCAGCUGCAACGCUUUCUAAAGGACGAGGAGCAGCAACAGAGGGCGCAAGGAAAGGCCGAAGAGGACAUGCUGAGUGCUCUGACUCUAGGCAAGCAGCGCAUUGGCCAGCUCGACGGUGUCGACGACGGAUCAGAGAGCGACACCAGCACCUGCACCGCCAGCACCACCAGCACCACAAGCACCGCCACCACUGCAGCCACCUCUUCUUCCACACCACACAAACGUGCUCCCAAGAGAAGGGGCAGAGAACGACACACUGAGAAACCGGACUCCCGUGACUCGAGCAAGGAGGCUGACGGCAGCGGCGGAGCUGUAAGCGGCGGCGCGCGGGAAGGCCGAAAGAACCAGAAAGAAAACUGUCUUCCUCUCGGGGGCGGGGUCAAGUCCCAGCCGCAGAGCCAGAGUCAGGAUCCUCUGGAGGCCCAACUCUCCCUCAGCACGGACCUUCUUAAAUCAGACUCUGACAACAACAACAGUGAUGACUGUGGCAACAUUUUGCCGUCUGAUAUCAUGGAGUUUGUCCUCAACACACCUUCCAUGUCGAUGGGGGCUCUGGGCCAGCAGUCUGAGCCGUCCUCUUCAGAGCUGCUGUUGGACGAGGGCUACGGAGUGGAUGUCAACCGGCCCAAAGACAUACUGUUUGAUGACUUUUCCCAGCAGCUGCCCAGUGCAGAGAGCGGAGCUGUAGUGGAGGGCAGUGUGAACAGCUCCAUAUCUGUAGAGGAGCCGUAUCUUCCUUUGGAGCUACCUUCUGACCUCUCUGUCCUGACCACACGCAGCCCCUCCGUCAACGCCAGUCAGAACCACACUGCUGGGAGUCUCAUCUCAGAUACCACAGGCCGCACCAUGCUGGGCUUGACCUCUGACCCAGAGACAGUCGGUGGAGAGAAGACUGGGGACAAGAAAAGAGCAGGGUCAGGUGUCUCCCCAUCGGAAAAUCAGCGUGAUGCUACAGCUUUGGGCAACAGGGACACUGAGGGUCACAUGACUCCUGAGCAGUUUAUUCCCAGCCCUGCCAUUGGCCAGGUGGUUAAACCGCUAGGUAACCAGGAUGUUCCCAGGAGUUCUGGCACCCCUGGUUUGCCAAGUUCACCCUCCCUGCCUCUUCAGGGUCAGAAGUACAUCCCGGUAUCAGCUGCAGCUGUAGGCAGUCCCAGUACAGUCUCAGGACCAUCCCAGACUCAGGUUUCCAGCCCAGCAGUCAUCAAACCAGGCCCUGACAAGCUCAUCGUGGUCAAUCAGCAGUUCCAGCCUCUCUACGUUCUCCAGACCGUCCCCAAUGGCGUCGCCCAAAAAAUGAGUGCCACAGGGGUGAUGGACACAAGCUCUGCAGCAGUGCUGAGCUCCAUGACACUCGCCACGGGGCUGAAUACUUUAUCUACGGCCCAGUCAAUAUUUCCUGCUGGUGGCAAAGUCCUGGGCACCAUGGCUCAUCCAUCCCAGAUACACACCUUUACAGGAACCACACAGACGGGCUUCCAGACCGGAAUUCCCAGCACGACAUCGGGGCUUCUCAUUGGGUUGCCCCACGACCAGUCCCAGAUUCUGGUAUCGGAGGCUGGUCGCCGGCACGAGCUGGGUCCCGGUGUCGCCAUAGUGUCCAGUCCUUCCUCCCUCACUUCCUCCCAGACUGUGCUCGCAUCUGCUCACGGCAAGAAGAGGCCCAUAUCUCGUCUUCAGCCAAGAAAAAGCAAGAAGCUGGCCCGCUCCCGUAGCCAGCCCACUCUGGCCCCAUCGGAAGUCGGGCGUCCCAACAUGAGGCUCAUCAACCUGUCUUCCCCUCAGAUUACGGCCAGCAUCUCUGGCCAACCCGGUGGCCUUGUUGAGUUAAGCACCCUCUCCGCUUCUCACCGCAAGGUCCCAAAUAUUAUCAAGAGACCAAAACCGGGCGGGGUCAUGUACUUGGACCCAACUACUCUCCUUCAGCAGAGGAUUCCUGGCACAGCCCAGGCUGGUAUCCUGGGCCAUGAUUCCUCCACUCACCUUAUACCUUGCACAGUCUCUGGUCUCAACCCCAGUCAGUCAGUGCUAAAUGUUGUGUCUGUGCCCCCUAGUGGUGCCGCUGGCCUUCUUGCACCAGGAUCGGUUUCCCUCUCCACCCCGGUCCUCAGCUCGACUGAUAUCACGGGGCCAAUUAGCAACCUCCUGUUCAAAGCAAGUCCACAUGGCUUGGGCCUCCAAUCAGCUGGGGCUCCGCUGAUAUCACACAUCAGCUCCUCCGUGCAGACAUCUAUCGCCAGCAGCAUCUGCGUCCUGCCAACCCAACAGACUAUCAGCAUGGCCGUCAACCAGCGAGGAGAGCCGGAAGUUACUAAUAUCCACUUACAGCACCGAUCUCAGCGUAUAGGCAGAGCCCCGACUGUGGACUCCAGUCCAAACACCACGGUUACCUUUGCCACCUCGCGAGGCCCUGCCAAUAGACGCCUUGUUGGAGUGUUCACGCAAACUCAGACCUCCACACACUCCCAGAGUAGCAGAACAACUCCCAUCUCAAGAUCAUCUGAACAAAGGCCGCCCAACUGCACCACUUUAGGCGCAGAAAAGGGAACACCGAAAUCAAAGAGGAGCAGGCAGAGUCCAGACAUAACCAGCGUGAAAAAGCUCAAGGCAUCUCAGGCAGAGGAGCAUCAAAGCAACCCUGCAGGACGGCAUCACUCAAAGCCAAGUUCCAAAGAGCUGAGCUCCCCCGAACCCAUGGACACGGGCAGACCGGCAGACAAGGCAACCAACAAGAGUGUGCUCGGUAAAAAGAAGACAUCUGAAACUCCCAUGUUAGCGGGAAAAGUAGUGGGGAAAGACAAACCAUCUGCAGCUGGCGGAACAGGGUCUCUUCCUGUGGCUUCACCACCCGACCAAGAUGGCAACAGCAAGGACACCAGCCUGGACAGCCAACCCAAGAAGGGUAUCAUUUUUGAAAUCUGCAGUGAGGACGGCUUCCACAUCCGCUGUGAGAGUAUCGAAGAAGCUUGGAAAUGCCUGACCGAUAAAGUGCAGGAAGCUCGCUCCAGCGCACAACUCAAGGAGCUCUCCUUUGAAGGUGUGAAUGGAUUGAGGAUGCUGGGAGUCGUCCACGAGGCGGUGGUCUUCCUUCUCGAGCAGCUUUACGGCUCCAGACACUGUCGAAGCUACCGCUUCCGCUUCCACAAAUCAGAGGAAACCGAUGAACCUCCCGCCAACCCCCACGGGUCGGCCCGUGCAGAGAUCCAGCACAGGAGGUCGGUAUUUGACAUGUUCAACUUCCUGGCUUCAAAACACCGCCAGCCUCCCGAGUACAGGCCGCAAGAAGAUGAUGAUGACGAAGGGCAGCUCAGGUCUGCCAGACAUGCUUCCCUGGAGCUCCCGCUGGCUGUGAGAUUCAAACAGCUCAAAGCCAUCUCUAAAGAAACUGUCGGAGUCUACAGGUCUCCCAUUCAUGGCCGAGGUCUGUUCUGCAAGAAAACCAUUUAUCCUGGAGAGAUGGUCAUUGAAUACUCUGGAAAUGUCAUUCGCUCCGUGCUCACUGACAAACGGGAGAAGUAUUACGAUGGAAAGGGGAUUGGCUGUUACAUGUUUCGUAUCGACGACUACGAGGUGGUGGAUGCCACGGUGCACGGCAACGCCGCCCGCUUCAUCAACCACUCCUGUGAGCCCAACUGCUACUCUCGGGUCAUCACCGUGGACUGUCAGAAGCACAUUGUCAUCCUGGCCUCUCGGCGCAUAUUCUGCGGGGAGGAGCUGACCUACGACUACAAGUUCCCCAUCGAGGACGCCAGCAACAAGCUGCCCUGCAACUGCGCCGCCAAGAAGUGUCGCAAGUUUCUCAACUGACAUCUGAAAAAUAAGAGAGGGGACUGUUGGGUCCACGGCGUUCCGAGGUCCUGCCUACGGGGGGGGGGCUUUGCCGUGGCACAAACUCCACGUCGAUUUCCUGUGUCCGCCUUCGCGUAACACCACCGCUGCCAACAGGGUCAGUGGUUAGGCUGCGGAUGGGCAGAACGCAGCAGAGGCAGCGGCCGCGGGUCGUACUUUGCAAACAGGAAGGGCCGUUUUGGAGGAGGGGCCACUUGUUGAAAUUCAAACAUAUUGUGCCUCCUUUUGUCUCAUUUACAUUUGCCAUGGGAAGUUUUGCCUCCAGAGGUGAGUUAUGAACAAGUUUGAGCCUUCACAGCAUCGCGAUAUAACAAUAACUUUUAUUUAUAUUUGGAUAAUAAAGUUGCCCCUCAUAAUUUUUUACAUUGGCCCAACCUUUUAUAGAAGUAUGUUAUGGUCCACUAAUGAGAUGUUAUCAAUCAUUAGUUCGAAAUUCAAGAACGUGGUUCAAUUUUACACCAAAGUGCAAUUUGUUGAAGGGACUCGGAACAAUUUGAAAGGUUAAAAUUCUUUUGCUUUCUUUGUUUGUGUGUGUCUAUUUUUAUAAAUCUCAGUGUCAGCAAAAAUUGAAGCGCAUCUCUCCCUCUCUGAAUGUGCGCUGAUGCCUCCAGAGCCGUUGGGAUUUACUGAAACCAACACCCACCACCCCCCCCCCCUCUCCCUAGUGUGUUUGUCUACAUUUAACACUGUAAAUAGGAGCUGCUUGAGAAUAAGCAGCCUGAGAAGAGCCGUGCAGGUGGGAACACCAGGGGGAGCAGUGGCCACAGGAAGGAAGAGAGGAAAAAGAGACACGGGUAGAGAUGUAGAUUUGUUAAAAAACAAACAAACAAACGGUUAUUUUUGUCUGUUCGUGUAAAGUGUGAUAUUUGAGGUCGAUACCAUUCGUUGUACUUAAAUUGACUUUAAGUCUGAGAGUUUUGUAGCUAUGUAGACAUGUUAUUGGUGGGAUUAAGCCUCUGGCCUGACAGAGCGAGGCAGCUAGAGAUGCUGGUGGACUGACAGCCGGGGGCCUGGAGAACCCUACUGAAGUGCUUUAGUAGACAUAUUUAUAAGUGGUUUUUGGAGCUGUGAUCCAGAUGCAGGCGUGGAUCCUACAGAAACAUACAGACAUGUGCGUGCUGUCAUCAUCAAAAUUUAUAUUGGGACAUGUAUAAGCUAAGAUUUUUGAAUCGCGUUCCAAAUCACAACAGCAGAGAGAACCAAACAUCACGCCCUUGAAUUGAAUUUUCACACAGCUUGUUUUCCUCUUGGCUUGUUGUGAUAACCGUUGCUUUGGAAAAUGUUUUUUUUUUAUUUGUAUUAAGUCUUUUUUAUUAUGGACAGGGAAAUAUCAUGCUUGCUUUUAAAAAACAAAUGUAAAUAAUGUAUAUUUUUCUACAAAAAAGACUUACAAAGCACUCACUAGUGAAUAGCACUUAAUGAUGGUAUUUAUAUUUUUAAGAAAUUGUAUUUAUUUUAUUGCCAUUUUUGUAGGAAAUAGAGGUUUACAAACACUAAUGCUUGGUCUCUAUGUUUUGUAUUCCGCUGCCUUUUCAAAGUUUUUUUUGUUUUUUUAAUUUUUAUUUUAGUCUUUUAUUUGUAGCCUGAAUGUUUUCUUUGAUUCCAAAGACUGACACUGGUCUGUGGCUUGGUCCGUUGAGUUCAGUCCACCAGUUGCUCUUUUAUCCAUCCCAGGCCGUUGGGUCGAAGCUGACGUUAUUUUUUAUUGUUCCAGUUCCAACUGGCAGAAUGGCAGUCGAGAACUAUUAUUAUGCACUUGAGAGAGUUAAGAUUGUUGAUCCCCAGCCGAUAUCUCCUCUCUCCAGCCUUAUUGUCUCCACACCACAUCACGCCGAGAAUCAAGUCCCCUCACAGGCUGCUGCUACCAGGCAGUCUUCCCAAAACGAGUCGUUUUUCUUCCUUUACGUUAGCCGGAGUUCCAUCAAACAGUUUUGUCCCUCUCCAGACUGAAAACAAAGAGGUGCCUUUUUUAUUUUCUAACAUUUGAGUGCCGUCAAUAGCGUCUAUCGUUCCCCUGUCGAGCCAAUCGGUUCAUUAAAGAAGCCGCUCCUCCGUGCAGCAUUUAGAAAUCACUUCCAAUUCUCUCGUCCGCUGUCCUCGUGGUUUUGCCUUCGUGGGUAACGAGCGCGCCUCCUCUCUCUCACGAGCCGUCAUGUCUUAGUCUGAAAAUCUGACUGGGAGCUUUAGAAUGGCUGGUUUCACUAUGCGACUCAAGUACAAAAUGUUUGUCUCUUGAAAAAAUGAAUUCACGUUGUCCAUCGUUCAUGCUGACUUUGUCGUCACCUAAAGGCCGUUAGCGGAUAUUCCCUCAACUGAUGAUGACCCGUACAUGAUUUGCACUUUAGCUGUGACACAGGCACUGAACAGGCAUAGGAAAAGUUUUUUUUUCCCCAGGCAGACGAUACCGACCCGAUGCUGAAACCACAGGCACAGACGGUCACUGAGAAUACUUUGCGUUUGUGCAUCAGGCCCCCGAAAGAGACGUUCGAGGCUCUAGCCAAGUGCACUUGACUCUUUUCUUUUUUUUCCUUUUUAUUAUUUAUAACGCAGUGAAGGCAGGGACCACGCCAGCAGCCCUCCCCUUCCUGAAGGUGCAGUGUGUACAAACGUCGGCUGUGCCUUUCCCACGUAGGGCUCGAGAUCAGCCCCCCCCCCUAAACCUGACCCUGACCGAUCGGCCGGCCGCGCCGUUGUACAGCUGCGCCUCCGUCGGGCUCGCUGGGUUCAGCUGCUAAAGGUCAACGAUGAAUGUAUAUUCCUUCACGUCACCGGAUAAUGUUGAUGCUUCGUCAGCCGCGUUUUUGUUUUCAGCUCUUGUGUCGAUGACCCUGGUUAGAGAUGUGAUCAACACGUAGAUACCACCUCGACAACUGGGCAGCAACGGUUUUCAUUUUCAGCACUGGGGAAACGGCGAAUUGGCAACAGGUUCCCACUGGGCGAGCUCUACACUUCACGCUAGCGUCGGUGGCGACGCGUUUACUGAUGCCAAGGGCUCUGUCUGCGGCUCUCUCACUCCUCGAGAUCCACUUUGACUUUUCAGUGAAGGAUAAGUCAUUUAUUUCACUGUUGAGACGGCAUAUAUACAAUAAGGAAAUGGUCUGUGUUGUUUCUUCGGACUUCAUUUUACCACGCCACACCAGUGGCCCUUCUCCGUUGUUAUCUGUAAUUAUAGUAUAAAUACAUAACAAUAUUAUAACGGAAACAUAGCAAUUUCUUGUUCUUUAGUAUCUAUACAAUAUAUGGAAUGGACAAACAAACUUAGGUACAGUAGCAAAACAGCAGAUUUAUAACGGUUAAUAGAAAUGUUUCAAUGUACUCUAUAAUGGUUUUGUGUUACAGUACUAUCAGAUGAAACUAACGUGCAUCAUUCUUUUUGUAUAUUGAUAUCCAGUACCAGUUUUGCUGUGCCUGCAGUGCUCCCCCGUCAGCGAGGAGCACUGCAGUUUUGCUUUUCAAACGUCUUCUCUGGAAAGGAACCUUUUCUUUACGUAAUGAGAAAUGUAAUUGUAUUAACGUGGUUGUGAAACUUCUUGAGGUCAGCCAUUUUGUUUCUUUCCUCCCGCUCUGGUUGUUGUAGUGAAUGUUUUAUUUUAUUUUGUUUUUUCUUUGAAUUUUUAAACAGGGAAUUUUUAGACUGCUUACUUGAUGUGGUAUAAAUUAAGAGUUUGGUCCGUGGAGACUGUCCGGGAGUUUUAAAAGAUCCCACCAGAAUGGCAUUUUUCCAUUUUGGAAAACCUCUCAUGUCCCCCCCGACGACCUCUUUCACCUCCGAAGCUUUUGUUGUACUU